CUAGGAUCAUCAACUUGUCACAGAUAGAUUCUACCAGUUUAGGUUUCAUCAUUACAUACCAGUACCUAGUGAUCGAGGACCAUCGCCUUCAUUAGGUUUCAUCAUUACAUACCAGUACCUAGUGAUCGAGGACCAAAAAUAUGUCGUCCGACGGUGCUAACCCAAGUUUGUAUCCGGGUCUACAACCCGAGACGCAGCAUCUGGCGAACGCGCAGUCUUUUCAAAGACCGCCGCCUACCAAUCCGUAUCUAGACGAUGGUGCCUCUGGUACACCGAGUGCUCCACCCCAGUCGCCAGGAACAGGAAAGGGAGGUGGUAACAACUCAUCAUCUUCAGGGGGAGGUCCGACCACUAGUACUACUUUUUUUUCGUCUACUGGAGGACAAGGUGGCGUGCCAGGUUCAUCAUCCUCAACAGGAGAGCCAAGCUCUUCUUCAUCAUCAUCUUCAGCGCAGCCGAGCUCAUCUUCUUCGUCCAUUCCACCACCACCACACCCAAGAUCAUCUUCUGCUUCCUCCUCAGGAGCUCCGGCGCCACCAGCACCACAGCCAAGAUCAUCUUCUUCUUCCUCCUCAGGAGCUCCCGCGCCACCUCCUCCACCUCCAGGAGGUUCUUCCUCCUCACCGUCUACUGCAGUUAAGGCAACAAGAAAUCCACCUUCCCCAGCAUCUUCUUGGCCCCGCUCACGUUUAAGGGAAAACGGGAACCAAGAUGAGACCGGAGAUGGAUCUCUCUUAGUUCUAACACAGAACAGCAACCCGCGCCGCCUGUAGAACAUCCAUCGGAGUUCGUGUGUCCUAUAUCACAGGAGCUGAUGGCCGAUCCUGUGAUAGCAGAGGAUGGGCAAACCUACGACCGUCAAUCCAUUGCCGAUUGGUUUUCCUUGGGGCACCGGACAAGUCCAGUGACAAGAGCAAACAUAUCACAAGCUUAUGAAAUUGAAGUAUUCACGAGGCGCACGAAGAUGGUCUUGUGCUUAUUGGAUCUUGAACGCUGAGUUUUGGUGUUCAGGAGAUGUUCUUGCUUUCUGACCAAGGAUCCCAAUUUUUUGAGUACUCAAAUUCUCCCCUAGCACGUUCAAACUAAGUGUAAGUGUUUAAUGUUACUUCCAUCUUCAUCAACACUUUAUCUAAGGAUCCCUGAUUCCCAACCGCGCCGUGAAAUCUCUGAUAGAAGAUUACUGCAAGACGCACAAGAUUCCACAACCCGUGGCGCCUCCAGCACUUCGAAGUGGCAGUGUUAAGGCUCGUUCUAGUUCCUCCGGAGAAGCAUCUUCAUUGGCUCCUACCACCAUCUGACGCCAAAGAUGACCUUCCGAUCUUUGGUUCAGGCAUAUUCUUGGGUAGAUUUUUUCGCGUUGCGUCUGCUGUCUUCUUGUCUGAGGGCACCGUGCGUCGCAUAGUCUACCUGUAUUAGAGACACGUCAAAGAUGACCUUCCGGCAAGGUUCCUCUGGAAGGUCGUCUUUGCCGUGUCUCUAAUACAGGUUCCUCCUCUUCUGGAACCGGGCCGUCUAGCAGUGGGGGCAAUGGUGGUUUUUUCCGGUCUAUCGCUGAACAGCUCUUUACGGGUAGGCAAGUAAACCUAAUGGAUGCGGCGAUGCAAGAAGCAGAGCGCAGAACGACGCCGGGAGCCACUGGGGGUGUUAUGAUCAUUUGGGUGGAAGUUUAUUACGUUUUUAGAGGAGGCACUUAGGAAGACGUAGAUGGGGAAUUACCUACUGAGAAAAAAAUUGCUAAUUGCAUCUUUUUGAAUCGGGGUCACAGUGUGAUCAUGUAGGGACGAUAGUAUAGUCAGAAUAAGCAGACACGGCUAGCGCAUUCUUUUACAACGUGAAAGAAUCUUUCACAGUGAUUUUCUACUCGCCUAGGAGAACUUUAAUGUGUCUGCAGCACCAGGAACUGGCUAUGCAGGGAUACCACCACCGCCACCUCCACCACUCCCGCCUGCACCACCUGGUAUACCCGCUCCUCCACAGCAGCCGCCUGUAUUGAGAACGAGUGGCAUGGGCUCCACGACUACCACUACUUCAUCUUAUGGGAAUAUGUUUUGACAGCUGUCACGUGACAUUGUCAUGUGAACAUCCUCCGCCUUGCAUCUUCAUGAAUAAGUACUACAACUACUACUCAUGCUAAUCAUGCUGUUCCCUUUGUAGUGCUUCGCAUUCUCCCUUUUUUACUUGUUGACGAGCUUCCUUUGGUAAAAUUAACAUGUUUUUCACUUCAUUACAUAAGAGCGCUAAUAGAAUGGAGUGACGAUUACAAGCUACACGCCUGCUCAACAAAGUCCAGCGCAAGGUCCUGUGAUGCUCGCAGGACAAGGCAGCCCAGUGAACAUUCAACGCGGUGGCAGCUAUAUUUAAGACACAUGAAGAAGAUGCGUACGUAAGUAAUUCAUUUCCAGAGAUUUAGACAUAUGUCUCAGGAGUCUCCUUCUGAUCCUUCUCGUCGUGAAAACAUCAAGUAGUUAUGGAAAGUGAACUGCUCUUGUAAACUCUAAUCCAUUGUCCAGCAGCCCUCUGCUUAUGUGAUGCCGCAAGUACCACCUGUCAUGCCGAAUGUUGCAGCUGGGAUUCGCGUUACCUACGACAUGGCAGGCAAUAUGCAAGUAUUAUGGUGACUGUUUCUCCAUCAUUCUCAGCAUCUCUUCGGUACUACGCUUCCCUUCAUCCCAUAGAACAAGAACACGAGGGAAAAGGCAAUAUCGAGAUGAAGGUGUAUUGACCGAGAUGGAGUCAAGCACGCGUAGCGUCGCUAAAAGUAGUGAGCAGCAGUGGGCAACCCUUGUACACGGCAUCGAAUGCGGGCGUAACUAUGAAUGUUGGCGGCAUGAUGCAGCAACAAGCCGCGGCCAUGCACCAAGCGGUGGCGAUGCAGCAACAAGCGAUGAUGGCGUCUCAAGGAGCUGCGCGUGCGGUACCGGUAUCAGGCACUACUGCUCCUGGGAGUAACACUGGGACGAUGUCACAGAACAAUGCAGGGACACAGCAACAGCAGCAACAGUUAAGGGCAUCUUGGAUGAUGCAUUUAUUCGGUACAAAACUUUUUUUCAUUUUAAGAAGGAGAGUCGUUUCUUAAAUUCUAAGGCCAACGAGAUCAUUUCACACGGUUGCUGAUUCUGCAACAAGGUCAAGAUGCAACGAAAGCUAAUGUUGGCUAAUGGUAUAUGCCAAAGAUGAAAGAACCUCCCAGAUGAGCGUGAAUUAUCUCUACUUCAGAUAACAAAGAACCCAAGCUGUCCUAUUCUAAAUCCGAUAGUAGCGCAACAACGUCAAGCGUCAGUACCUCUUGUGAAUGUUGGCCUUACAGCAGGAAGUGCGGGCCCACCUCAGCGAAUACGAAUCCGUGACUGGAGGAAUAUCAGAGCAGAAGAUCAUCCACAAGCCAAAUUGCGUAGCUGUGUAGGAAACUAUUUUUAAGGCAAUUGUGGUUUUGGAUUGUUUGAAUUGUCACAGCUUGGAUUGGUCUGAGGUGCUCCAUUUUUCUACACAGAAUUGGUCAGGUAUUCAUCUUAACUCUGGACUUUUUUCUUCCCAGAAGUAAGCAAGAUGUCUAAAAUAAGCUUUGUAUCGUUCUAAACUCGUGGUGGCCGAGAGGAGAUGCUUGCACGAGUAAGAGAGGGCGCAGACGUCAACUACUAUGGACACUUGCUGACACGCGGAGAUCCAGCGGAAGAUCGAUUCGGCUACCGAAAAAAUUUUACGCUCCUACACACAGCGGCAGUGCAUGGACGAGUGAAGUUAUGUCUUGUACAGUAA